UCACACAGCUCCUCAGCAGGCCUUCCCCCUUUUGCAGGGAAGGGAACCAUCAGAAAAAGCCACGUAGCCCCCCAGCUGGUCCAUUUAGGUGUAUUUAUGUGAAAUUCCAGAGAAAGAGGCCUCUGGUUGCCAACAGCAUGGACUUUCUUGAAUUUUGGGUUGUCAGAAUGGGUAUGGGAAGGGGAAUCCUUGCUACUGCACAUUACAAGCUCAAUGGCGGAUUACUAAACUAACCUUCUGGACUAUAACAUUCCUGUACAAGACAACAGGUAAAGACAACAAGAAUCCUACAAUAAAAGAUAAUCAUACUAAAGAAGAAUCCCUUGUGAUUUAUUAGACACCAAGAACAAAAACAUGGCUUUGAUGCCCAUAAAAUUUAACUUGGCCAAGCGGGUCAAGCUGGCCCAAGGACUGUGGCUCCUGUUCUGGCUCUCUGUCAUGGCUGGGAUCCUUGUCUUCAGCAUGGGGAUCUUCUUCAAGAUUGAGUUGCGUAAGAGGAGUGAGAUAAUGGAUAACAAUGAGAGCCAUUUUGUGCCCAAUCUGCUUAUUCUGGUAGGACUCGUGGCCUGUGGUAUCAAUGCUUUUGGGGGCAAAGUGUGCCAUGACUCCCUUGACACAAUCAAAUUCACCAAGUGGAAACCUAUGUUGAAGAUCUACAUGAGCGGAUGUGUGGCUUUUUGCAUUGCCCUUUUUGUCACGGCUCUACUGUGUUUUCUGAUGCAAAUUUCUCUGCAUUUCGCCCUGGCUGAAGGCCUGAAGAAUGGAAUGAAGUACUACAAAGAUACAGACACGCCAGGACGAUGCUCAUUGAAGAGAACCCUAGAUAUGACCCAGAUCGAGUUCCACUGCUGUGGCAACAACAACUACAGGGACUGGUUUGAGAUCCAGUGGAUUAGCAACCGCUACCUGGACUUCAGCAAUGACGAGGUUAAAGCCCGUGUCCAGAGCAACGUGGAAGGCAAAUACUUGAUGGAAAGCAUUCCCUUCAGCUGCUGCAACCCUGGCUCCCCUCGCCCUUGUAUCCAGCAUCACCUGACCAACAACUCUGCUCACUACAGCUACGACCACCACACUGAGGACCUAAACAUCUGGACCAGAGGCUGCCGUGAGGCUCUGGUGUCCUACUAUGGGGGCAUGAUGAACAGUAUUGGUGCUUUUGUGCUGCUUUUCAUUAUUAUGCAGGCUGCCGUGACUGUCGGUUUGCAGUACCUGACCACUUCGCUGGAAACCCUGGCAGACCCAGAGAGUCUUGAGAGUGAAAGUGAGGGAUGGCUGUUGGAAAAGAGUGUGAAGGAGACACUUUCUGACAUCAUGACAAGGCUUAAGUCAUUGUUUAAAGGCAACCAGGUAGAGGCAGAAGCAGAAGCAGCUCCCACAGAAAGCUGAGAGUCAUGACCCCUCCCACACCAUCAUGUCUGUGGACACUUCUACCUUUGGGAGAAGGAAUGCAUGAAAGUCUGUCUCUUAAAAAUCUAGGUAUAUGCAUACAUAUAAGAUCAAUACACCUACAUUUUAAUGGGAAUCCAAUUGAUAUGUGAAUUUACACACUACAAUGUAAAUAUGAAUUACAUUUAAAUUAACUAGUUUAUUUUUUAUAUAUAUUUUAAGAAUUAAAUAUAUAUGUAAAUGUCCUGAUAUUAUCAUUUAACCAUACCAGAUAUUCAGACCAAAUAAGUGUAACUGUAUAAAUAACUGUCCAUGUCCGUCUGCAGUAGUAUAAAGUUUGAUCUUUAUAUUUUCAAUUUAUUUAUUGGUCGAGCGGAUGUUUAACCUGACAGCCUCACACAUACAAUAUCACUUUUCACCAUCAAUUAGGUGUUAUUAAAUCACUUUUCAGUAAGAAAUGACUUUUUUUGAAGGGGUCACAGGGCAGCUUUUAACCGGCAGCUGAGGAAAAUGUGUUUUUGUAAACGUUCAGUCACCUCCCAGACCUUAAAGGGAUGGAAACAGUGGCACACAUUGCUUUUUACACAACGCUGCCUUUAACAGACCUUAGGUUGUCUGACGAUUUUCAAAAGCAUGUUGAUGGUGAUCUACUGGAGAGCAGAACUCUAACAAUGGGGAAACUAUUCUUUUAUCAACAGAAUAUUGUACUCAUGUUUACCAUUAAUGUGUGCAGUUCUCUGGUUAAAUAUCUGCUUCACAAGUUGAAGAGAUGUGGAAACAGGCUUUCUGACUCAACUUCAGUGCUCUGUUGAGUUCACCGUUGUGGGACAGUUACAAAAGUUUUCAAACUUGUAAAAGAUUCUAGUCACUUGUGUGUUUUUUUAAUCUAAGUUGGACAACACAUUUCAUUUUUCAUAUAUUGUGUGAUUUUUUUAUUUUUUAUUUUCACAGGCACCUCUCUUACUGUACAUUUGACCUUGACUUUGCAAUUAUGUCAGUUGUUGUGUAUUGAGUGAAUCAUAUAG